AUUGAACAACUUGUCCUACCAAACAGCUGGCUUCUGCCAAGCUUCUCCUUUAACUGAAUUUCUUGCCAAUCUGUGAACUACUAGAUCUGUGGCCUUUGAAUCACAAAGCACAACUUGCUAAUGCCUAUAACGAACUUGGGAAGGAGCUCUCCUCGAGCAAGAUCAGGGCUGUAGGAAACUACACCCUUGGAAAGAUCAUCGGUGAGGGUUCGCUUGGGCACUCACCGUCUCACCUCUACCAGAGUCGCCAUAAAGCAAAUACCAAAGGCAAUGUCUUCUCUCCCUCACCCGCGAAAUACACCACCACAGCCAACUUCACCACCCUCAUGUCACUCAGAUGUAUGAAGUCAUUGCCACCGAAUCUCCAUCUGGAUCGUCACAGAACUCUGUUGUGGUGGCGAGCUGUUGUGAUCAUCUUGCUGUGAAAGGUCGCUCGUCCGAACACGAAUCCAGUAUCAUUUUUGGUCAGCUCGCGCUUGCAGUUGCAUAUCUCCACGAGAAGGGCAUCGUCCACCGAGAUCUGAAGCUUGAAAAUGUCUUACUUGAUGAGCGCUGUCGCGUCAAACUUGGCGACUUUGGCUUUACUCGCGAGUAUGAUCGUGGCGUCUAUAUGGAGACUUUUUGCGGUAGUACCGGAUAUGCGGCCCCUGAGAUGCUUCAAGGCAAGCGUUACCUCGGCCCAGAGGUUGACGUUUGGUCCAUGGGUGUGAUUCUCUACUGUCUUCUAACUGGCACACUUCCGUUUGAUGAUGAUGACGAAGCGGUCAUGAAAGACAAGGUCAUUCAAGGCAAAUCUGAAGACCCUGAAUGGCUGUCUACAGUCCUCCUUGGUGUCAAUAAUGUUCCUGCAUCCCCAUCACAUGCCCGUGAUACCUUUAUUCUCCCUGUGAAAUCUGUCGUGAGCACCCAAACACAGGUGAACGACCUUUCUAUUUCUCCGGCGACAUCGACUACAUCUGAAUCCUUUGUUUCUGCAUCAUCUCAUUUAUCUCCACCGGUCCCUACAACUCCUGAUGACACUCCUAAGGGCCCUUUCGAUACUCAGGGAAACGAUAGUAUGACUCGGCAGCCUGACACCGUCAUCGAAGAGGAGCCUGAAUCAGAGAACGUUGUACCAUUCUCUGCAGGGUCGACUACAAACCUCGAUCAGACCCCUAAGGCCCCCCCAUAUCCAACACGCACACCUGCACGUACAAAACGUCGCUCUGUGUCUUCUACCCUUUCUGAUUCUGGCUCACCAACGCUGGACAAGCCACUGGCCCCUCUCCCGCCCCAAGAUUUUGCAUCACUGCUCAGCACUCCAGCUCCCAUCAUUUUCUCCACGCCCGUGGAACGCGACCUUCUCAAUAGCCUCAGUCUACUCGGAUUUGACACUAGUCAGAUUGUGCUGUAUGGUGGCAUGGACUGGGUGGACGGUGGGGCUGUCACAAGCUCAGAACGAGCCAAAGAUAAUGCACUGGUGGAGCCUUACCUGCCGAAAUCACGGCCUGCACUCUUGGGAAUUGGAGCAAAGGAACAGAGGGUGUUGGAUGACGGUAGUAAGAAGAAGAAACGGAGAGGGGAUGAGAAGCGGUAUAUCCCGCUCGUGAGGCAGGAGAGUAGUAGGGAAGAAAGCAGGAAUGGGAGUGCGACUGUUUCGCGGAGGGCUUUGCAGUCACCUGAGAGAAGGAGCAGAGGGGAGAGCAGUAGGAGGGAUGAUCGAGAGCAAAUGAUCGCGAUAGGCGACGAGACGAUGACCGUGACGAUCGGGGAGCAAGAGACAGGGAUGACAGAAGAAAAAGAGACGAUAGUAGAAGGGACAGCGACAGGGACAGGGAUGUGGACAGACGGGACCGAGAUUGCGAUGCCAAUAAACAUCGUGACAGGGUCCGGGACCACGACGACCGCGAUCGACGUAGAGACAGGGAUAGAGUUGGGGAGAGCAGACGGGGAGGAAGGGACAAGCGAGAUUAAUCAUGCUGGUAUGGGUACCAUCACGGAUUUUCAAAAGCACUAG